AGGGUUUAAGUCUUAAGACGCAGAACAAGGAGGCGAUGAAGAAUUGAAUCUGUAGUCGAAGAAAGAAAGUAAGAGUUGCGAAAAAAUGGACGCGAGCAUGAUGGCUGGACUUGAUGGUCUUCCUGAAGAAGACAAAGCCACAAUGGCCUCCAUGAUCGAUCAACUUCAACUCCGUGAUAGCUUGAGGAUGUACAAUUCAUUGGUGGAGAGGUGUUUUGUGGACUGUGUUGAUAGCUUCACACGCAAAUCUCUGCAGAAACAAGAGGAGACUUGUGUUAUGCGUUGCGCUGAGAAGUUCCUUAAGCACACGAUGCGUGUUGGUAUGCGGUUUGCUGAGCUCAAUCAGAACGCACCAACCCAAGACUGAUAGUCUGCUUUUUCUGUUUGGUUUUUGGUACGGUUAAUGAGUCCGAAACCAGAAUAAACCGGUUGUUAGUUGUUCAGGUUACUCUGAUACUGUUUUUUAGAACAUCAACUCUUGUACUGUGAAAUUAUUUUGACUAAAUCCAGUUCUGAUAU